AUGUACCCUGCUGCCAUUGCCGGCUUUUCACUGAUAUGGUAUGAUUCCUUCACUCGGUAUACCACUGACCCGUCUUCCGCGCCUUACAAGCAAUGGGAUGGGAUAAAGGUCGAACCGAAUGCCGGAACCGGCGAGAUUCAAUUUUACGAUACAACCGAAGAUCUCACCUAUGUGUUGUCAUACCCCCCAAGUAUGCCGGGGAACAACGAAGACCAGCUGUUCAUCCUCCCACAACACAAGGACGGCAGGUGGACAUCAACUCGGCUUGAAGGAAAGGCUGCUCAUGGGUGUCCAGAGGGCAAGUCGCUGAUUUUACAGGCUGAGCUCCGGGCAGGCAACGCUUCGUCUGAUAAGCAAGGUGGCGUCUGGCCGGCAUUUUGGGCUCUGGGCGAGAGUCGUAAUGAUGGCGUCGAGUGGCCCCUGUGCGGAGAGUGGGACAUCUUUGAGGCUUCCGAUGGCCACGACUGGAGUCUUGCGUCCCUUCACUGGGGCGUGAAGAAUGAUGCCGGUGAAAUUGAGAAACAUGAUGCCCCUUCCGGCAAUACCAACGACCGCCAGCACAAAUUCGACCAUACCCAGUUCCAUACCUGGGCGUUGAAAGUUGAUCGCACAAACUCCAAUUGGAAAGACCAAACAAUUCAGUGGCUCAUGGAUGGCGAGAAGUUUGACGAGGUCAAGGGAAGUGAUGCUGGCACUGAGAAAGAGUGGCUGCUCCUCGCUGACCAAGCCUAUUAUCCUGUCCUGAAUGUCGCAAUCGGGACAAAUUUUCCCGGGCAUGGAACGGUCAGUGAGUCAACAUCGACUGGACUGGACACUGGUAUGGUGGUGAAUUAUGUAGCGUUUUACGUUUCCGACUAG